AUGGUAACUGUCUAAUGUUAUUUUAUUAAUAUGUAUGUAUAUUCAGCAGCAUUUUACAGUCUAUGAUAUUCAGUUUACUGAGGACCCCUAGUGGGGGUUGAGGAGCACUGCGUAACACUUCAUCCAGCAGGGGUCAGUAGAGAAACACACACUUAGCGGUUCUUAGUUCAGGAGGAAGAUCGCAGAGACCUUUCCUCACGUUAAUGCAUGAUGGCGGCCGCGUUGAGAGGGAGCCUAGUAACAUUGGCCAAGGGUUUGAGUGUUGCCCGUUUGCAGCCGUUGUUCACCCGGUCCCUGAGUUUGACCAGUCAGAAUGUUGCCGAGAGUCCCCCGGCACGUGCCGACAGCACUUUCAAGGUCACCAUGGUCCCUGGAGAUGGAGUUGGACCUGAGCUGAUGACUGCUGUCAAAGAUGUUUUCAAGGCAGCUGAUGUUCCUGUGGAGUUUGAGGAGUUUCAUCUGAGCGAGGUGCAGAACAUGGCCAGUGAGGAGAAACUGGAAGAGGUUCUGUCCUCCAUGAAGAACAACAGAGUUGCCAUCAAAGGAAAGAUUCACACUCCUAUGGAGUACAAGGGUGAACUGGCAUCUUAUGAGAUGAGACUGAGGAGAAAGCUGGACCUGUUUGCCAAUGUGGUUCAUGUGAACAGCCUGCCGGGUUACAGCACCCGCCACAAUAACCUGGAUCUGGUCAUCAUUCGGGAGCAGACAGAGGGAGAAUACAGCUCUCUGGAGCAUGAGAGCGUUUCAGGAGUGGUUGAGUGCUUAAAGAUCAUCACCAGGGAGAAAUCUCGGCGCAUCGCUAAAUUUGCUUUCGACUAUGCCACCAAGAAGGGCCGCAGCAAAGUGACCGCCGUCCACAAAGCAAACAUUAUGAAGCUUGCGGAUGGUCUUUUCCUGCAGAGCUGUGCAGAGUUGGCUGAACUUUACCCCAAAAUUAAAUACGAAACCAUCAUCAUUGAUAACUGCUGCAUGCAGCUGGUGCAGAAUCCGUAUCAGUUUGAUGUGCUAGUGAUGCCUAAUCUCUACGGCAACAUCAUCGAUAACCUGGCGGCAGGGCUGGUGGGCGGAGCCGGCGUAGUUCCAGGCGAGAGUUACAGCGCAGAAUAUGCUGUGUUUGAAACGGGUGCCAGACAUCCCUUUGCUCAGGCUGUCGGCAGGAAUAUCGCAAACCCCACCGCUAUGCUCCUCAGUGCAUCGAACAUGUUGAGACACCUCAACCUUGAGUAUCAUUCAAACAUGGUGUCUGAGGCUGUCAAGAAAGUCAUUAAGCAGGGCAAGGUGAGGACGCGAGACCUAGGGGGUUACAGCACCACUAGUGACUUUGUCCGUGCGAUUGUGGCCAACCUGAGUCAUCGGACUGUUUGAAGAUGCUUCCCAAACCCAAUACCUAUCCGGGAUCCCCUAUAUAUGCCACAUUUCCCUCCCCUUUUCCCUUCCAAUGAAAGUCUCUCACUUUCAUUGUCUCUUUUUUUUUUGACUGAUUUAGUUUUUAUUGUUGUUGUUUUCCCCCUGGAAUGUUAUGUAUUCAUGUACAUUUAUUUUCAUUUUUGUUUUUCAUUGUAUGCAUCUUAAAACAGAAUCACACUUCCAUUUAAAAGUUUGGGGUGUGUUCUCCAAAAGUGCAUUUAUUUGAUAAGAAAAUGCAGCAAAAUCUGUAAUAUUAUCCUAAUGCCAUGACGGCCUAAAAUAACCUUUUUAAAAAUGUCAUUUCUAGAUGACAAAGCUAAAUGUCACACAAUCCUUCAGAAAUCAUUCAAAUAUUUGGUGCUCAGGAAACAUUUCUAAUUAUCAUUUUUGUACUGCUUAAUAUUUCUGUAGCAAUUGAGAUGCAUUUAGAUUUUCUUCUAGUAAUAUUUGAUGAAAAGUACAUUUAGAAGAACACCAUUUAUUUGAAAUAGUCAUUUGUCACUUUUGAUCAAAUGAAUGUGUCCUUGCUGAAUAAAAGUGUUAACCCCCAAACACAAACACACACUUUUGAACUAGUGCAUGUCUGACAUCAGUUUACUGCACUACUUUGUUUGCUCCAGUUUUAAUGGAAGUUUUAGUUCAUCCUAAGCUGUACGUGCCGCGCUGUUUCUGUAACGCUCAGUUUUAUCCCUGCUUUUAAAUCAUCUCUGUUUGGGGCUGGUCCUCGUCGAUUUGCCUUUGCGGUUCCAGAACCUCAGUGAAUUUGAUUAUCAAGUUCUCAAAGACCAUUUGGCAUAUUGAGACGGAAGUUCCAGUGUGAUUGUUUUUGCUCUCGCACUGUUACUAAUGCAAACAUCACUAAUCAAAUCUGCUGCCGUCAUAAGUCAGAUAGACAAUUAUUGGUUUAGUUUGGUGAUGCAAAUGCUCUGGACAGAAAGUCUUCUCCGUGACAUUGCUGACUAACUGACUGACUGAUUUCAAAGACCAAUGACAUCACUGCCUCAGUCAUUAUGGUUCUGCUCUAAUAUGUUUUCAUAUGUUUCUUAUGUGUCUUAGUGUGUCUUAUGAUACUAUUUUAUAGUAUAUCUUAUGGUGUUUGGGAAGGUGGAAACAACACAUCAAUUUCACAGAUUGUUCAAAGUUUAUUCGUGCCAUUGAUUAAAUGACUAAUGCUUAGUCAAAUGGUUUUUUUCAAUGCCAAAAAAUAAAUAAAUAUGUAAAACCAAAAGAA